AUGUCAGUGUUUGUAGCAAAAGUUAAGAAUGUUUUGAGUGGAGACUCAGUUGUUUUAACACCAUCAAAAACUUCUCAAUUCCCACCUCCAGAAAGACUUCUCACUUUAGAACACGUUAGACCAAUUGAUGAAUUCCAAUCAAAAGAAUACUUACGUCAAUUAUUAAUUGGUAAAGAGAUCAAAUUCAAAGUUUCUGCCAAGAUUGCUAAUAGAGAAUUUGGUGAUAUUUCAUCUCCAAUUUUCAAAUCUUUGAUUGAAUAUUUAUUAACUCAAGGUUAUGUUAAAUUAAGAGAUAAUGUGAAUGCUGAUACCGAUGAUUACAUUUAUGAAUUGAAGGAAAUUGAAAAUGGAGCCAGAAUAAAACAAGUUGGAUUAUGGUCUGACAAAGUCAAACCAGUGGAAACUGUCUCGCUCACUGAAGACAUUAUUUCAAAAUCCCAGAAAACUCCGGUAAAGGUAAUUGUUGAAAAAGUCAUUAGUGGAGAUAGAGUUGUGGGGCGUUUAAUUUUGAAUAAAAAACAACAAGCACAGUCUACUCUAUUAUUAGCAGGAUUGAAAACUCCAAGAACUGAUGACACCACACAACCUCAACACAUUGUCAAAGUUGCCCAACAAGCCAAACAGUUUGUUGAAGACAAGUUAUUAACUACCAAAGCAGAAUUGACUUGUUCAAUUAUCGGAGAAAGUCAAACUGGGGUUCCAAUUGCUAUUAUAAAUCAUCCUUCUGGUAACAAUAUCCAUGAGAAAUUAUUGGAAUUGGGUUAUGCUGAAGUAGUUGAUUGGCAAUCCACUUUAGUAGGAGCUAGCACUAUGAGCAUUUUAAGAAAGGCAGAACAAACUGCCAAGGCAUUGGGCAAGGGAAUCUAUGCCAAUGCCACUAUUGCAAGAAAAUCCGUACCAGGAACUUCAGGGUCCAAAUUGAAACCAGGCAACACAAUUGAAAAUGUCACUAUCGCUAAAGUCAUCAAUGCUGAUACUUUGUUGAUCAGAUUACCACAUUCUGACGAAGAAGUCACCGUUCAAUUGGCAUCAGUUAGAGCACCAAAACCAAAUGAUACGACCGUUACCACUGAUUCUGCUAAACAACAAGCAUUGGUUGCCACUGCAAGAGAAUUUGUUAGAAACCAAGUGAUUGGGAAACAAGGUACAUUAUAUAUUGAUGGGUACAGAGAUGCUAACAAAGAUCUAGGUUUAGAAGCCAGGUUGUUAGUCAGUUUUAAAUUUGGAAACACUGAUCUUUCCGAAUUGAUCAUUAGCAAUGGGUUUGCCACUGUUAUCAAACAUAAUAAGGCCACUCAACAUGAACGUUCAAUGAAUUGGGAUAAAUUAAUUGAAUUAGAAGAAGAAGCUAAAAAAUCAUCCAAAAAGGGUAUUUAUGGAGAUUUGAACAAAGUUCUUACUGUUGGUACGAGAAUAAUCGAUGCUUCUGAGAAUUUCACUAAAGCCAAAACUUUUUUCAAUGGAUUUAAACAAAAGGGAAGAAUCAGUGGGUAUUAUGUUGAGUUUAUUCCCUCUAUUAGUCGUGUUAAAUUAUUUAAUCCAAAGGAAGGAUUGAAAUUGACUUUAAUUUUGGGGGGAUUGUCUAAUAACAAGAAUGAUUCUUUAAAUGAAGAAGGUGUCAAAUAUUUGAAUAAAAGAUUUUUGCAAAGACCUGUCGAAUUUGAAAUUUAUGAUACCGAUAAAUUAGGAGGAUUCAUUGGUAAUUUAUAUCCUAAUGCUAAUGCCUUGUCUCCAAUUCAACAACAGUUAUUGGAACAAGGUUUAGUGAAGAUUCAUGAGUUUGCUGUCAAUUCCAACCCUGCCGCCAAUGCAUUGAUUAAAGCUGAAGACGAAGCUAGAACCGCCAGAAAAGGUAUUUGGAGUGAUUAUGAUCCUGCAAAAGUUGAAAAAGAGUUGGCAGAAUCAACUGCUAAAUUAGAAUCUGUCAAUCUUGCUGCAUCUAAACCAAAAUUCUUUGAUAUUGAAGUUGUUGAUGUUGAACCAAACACUGGUGUAUUAUCUUUCCAUUUCUUGGAUGCAACAACUACCCAAAAAUUUGCUCAAUUCAAACAAGCAUUCCAACAAUUUCAUAAUCAAAUGCCAAGUGCAUCACAAUCUUCUAGUGAUUUACCAUUUAAUUUGGUUAAACCUCCUAAAAAGAAUGAUUUGGUAUCUGCCAAGUUUAGUGAAAAUGGUAAAUUCUAUCGUGCCAAAGUGAUCAAUUUCGAUAAAUCCACUGGUAAAUACGAAGUGAAACAUUUGGAUUUUGGAAACAUUGACAAAGUUCCAUUGAGCUCUUUACGUUCAUUACCAGAAAAAUUUGGAAUUUCUCAAUAUCCUAUUUUUGCACACACUACCACAUUGCAAAAUUUGAGAUUACCUCCAUCUAAACCAACUGACUAUUUGACCGAUAGUAUUUAUGCAUUAGAAGAUUUGGUUUACGAUAAGAAAUUGGUUAUCAGUGCAUUACCUGGAGGUUCCGAUGCUGAAUACGAAGGUGUAUUAUAUGAUGCCGAACAAAGUUUGAAAGACUCUUCGUACACCAUCAAUAAACAACUUGUUCAAGAUGGUUGGGCUAUUGUUGACAACAAGGUUGUUAAACCGGCAGUUAAAGAGUAUGUUACUGAAUUGAUAGCUGCUCAACGUGAAGCUAAAUCCAACCAUUUGGGUUGUUGGGAAUUUGGUGAUGUUUCAUUCGAUGAAGACAGUUUAUUAGCAUAA